AUGUACCACCCUUCUCAGCAGCCCCCGGAGCCCACCCAGCUUGCCUGCCUGCCUCUCGCGAAGUUCUCCCACACAACCACCUCAAUCGGACACAAUGGCCCACUGAACUGGAGUCAUAUAAUGGGAAACGGCGAUAUAAUUGGAAGAAUUGAAAGCCAUGCCGUGCCUGGACUGACACCAGCACGAGUUUUUUUGAAGGUGUUUCGAGACUACGAGUUACUGGAAGAAGUCGAUCUUACAUACCACUCACAAGAAGCCGCGAAGUUUGCUUUGUCUGGACAGAGUGGUCAGGUGAAGCCGGUUUUUGCUGUGAUCGUGAAGCUGCCCUGUCUUGCUGUGAAAUAUCCAAAGGACGGUAUAUGCAUUCGUCGAUUCCAAAUCAAAUUUUCAUCCGAUCGCGACUACUACUCAACCUUGGUCAUCUUGAGCAACAUCAAAUGUCCAUUUUCGGAAUCCAAUGUCGGCUCAUUACCACCAGUCCGCAAACCUACAUCUUCACAAUGGCGCUCUGGGCCAGUUGCUUCUGCGCCUGCUCCUCCACAACCGUUCCCUAGUGUUCCAGAUGCGCCGGGUAUACCGACUUUGAACAAUAUGUUCUUCUCAUCUCAAUCGUCUCCGACGAUUGAUCCAUGUGCAAGAUCAGCUAAUACUGGUACCUCCCAAGCAACUACAAGUCAUGGAGUGACUUUGCUAACAGCUUAUUUGCACUAA